ACUUAUUACAGCCCUCCUGUCAUGUAAGCACUGUGACUUUGGAGGGGGGGUAUAAAUUCAAUUAAACUGAUGCAUUUAGAGGUAAUUCCAGCAGUAACCAUAAUAAAUGCUCGUAAAAUUUCUCUAACGAUGAGGAAUAACUUUUGAAGCAAACCUGACACAGAAGUAGACCAUUCCUAUAAAACUGUUUUCCUGUCUCAUGUCACUUGGUGUCCUGAGCAUUGCGUCAAGGAGGAUUAAGGUAAUAGGCUUUCUUCCACUCAGCUGAUAGGCAUGUUCUGCCCUCACAGGCCCAUUUUGGAUGCUUGUCCAGGAACAUGGAUGUCUUUUGUGUUGUAUUAGGUAUCUUGCUAGUGUUUUGCGCUCUCAAACCCGGAUUUUCCUCUUGUCCGUUAGGCUGCUCCUGCACAGAUGACAGCAUGGGGAGAUCUUUACUGUGCAUGGGGACCUCCAUGGACCAAAUCCCAGAAGACAUUUCGAGCAACUUCACAAAAAUCCGAGUAGAAAACUGUCGCCUGAGUGAGCUACCUCAAGGCUCCUUCUCUCAAGUUGGGAACCUGGGGUUUCUCUGGCUCAAUUUCAAUGAAAUCACCUUGAUGAACAUCAAGAGUUUGAAGGGUCUAGCUAACCUGACGGAACUAAGAUUGCAGGGUAACAAACUCACUUCUGUACCAUGGACUGCAUUUCAGGACACGCCCAAACUAAAAAUUUUGGAUCUAAAGCACAACCGCCUGGAUUCUUUGCCAGAACAUGCUCUCAGACACCUAUCUUCACUGACCUACUUAGAUCUAUCCUUCAAUCAGCUUAGCAUCAUAUCAAAAGAAGUGUUCAUGAAUUGGCCUCUUUACCAAACAGCUGAAAAAGCAUGGGACAAAGACGGGCUGGUCUCCAACGUGGUCCUGGCUCUGCAUGAGAACCCCUGGCUGUGCGACUGUCGCCUCAAAGGCUUUGUUGAGUUCAUCAGAGAGGUUGGCCCUCCAAUCAUUCUCAUGAGCUCUUAUUUGAAGUGCUCAAGCCCCGAUUCUAAAGCCAAUAAGUUUUUCCAUGAGAUCCAGUUAAAAACAUGCAUGGCGCCAGUGGCUUCUGCUCAAGACACAAGCUUCACUGUACCUCUGGGAACAAACGCCACUCUAACGUGCAUAGUCAAGGCCAGACCAGCCCCAACCAUCCAGUGGAUGUACAGUCUGAAAAUUGUAAGAGGAUUUGUUGCUAAACAAACCCAACUAGAUGAAGAGACAGUCACCUCCCAGCUGUUGAUCCCAUCUGUACGUGUGGCAGACCGAGGAGUCUACACUUGUACCGCCAACAACUUUAUCAGCAAUUCCUCUGUCAGCGUGACGCUCAACAUCAACUCCCACAACUCCUCUAUGCCACUUCCUCCUGUCCCCAUGCUGUCAUCUAAUGACAACACUCACAUUGAAAUCCGCAUUGCCAAGCAGACAGUUUACGGCAUCACUUUAGAGUGGUACGCAACCAUGGACAACCCUGCAGAAACAUGGUUCACCAUCCACUUUGGCAAAUAUGAUUCCCCCAAGAAGGAGAUGAUCUAUCUUGGCCCCGGCAUCAACAGCUAUACAGUAAGCGACCUGCUUCCUGUCACCAAAUACGAGGUGUGUGUCACUCUGAAGAACCACCCACCCAGAGACGGUCAGUGCAUCGUCUUCAUCACAGGAAGUGACAUCAGCGAGCUGGAGCAAAGGGAGAAGCUCAUCCAUAUCAUAGUCAUCGUGUGUGCCAUGGUGCUGGCCGUGCCAGCUGGCAUGUACGCCUGCACCACAGAGGCGCGCUUCAGCUGUGUGGACCGCUGCCUGGAUCUGUGGAGGAGGCGAAGAAUGCACCGAGAGGGGACGCAGGAGACGGAGAGGCAGGCCAACUUUGACAGUCUGCAGGCGGCCAGCGAUGAAGCCCUCUGCCGGAAGUCCCUGGAGAAGGUGAAGAGGCGCAAGUCUGAGGAUAAGAGCAGAGGAGGAAGUGCAGCUCAGCUGUACUAGCUGUUGAAAAUUGUACAAAAAACUGACCUUUUUUUUUAAUCUAAAUAUUUAAUUUAUUUAUUUUGUGCCAUUUUUUUGUACACAGUGU